AUGAUACCAACUUGCAUCAGAGCACCACGUUCCAUACAGGGCUCGACAGAUGACGUCACUCGGCAAACGCGGUCUAUUGUCCAGAUCUAUACUGACUGGGCGAACCACUAUUUGGAGCGAGCGCGCUCACGGCGUCGGGCAGGUACUUCCGGCGGAGGCCUGGCCCGCGACUGUGCCGAUGGAUUAUUGUUAGCCGAUGUGCUGGAAGGCGUCACAGGUCAAAAGGUGCCUCGAGCUCAUCGUAAGCCUCGGAACCCUCAACAAAUGGUAAGUUAUAGUAUUCUU